AUUCUUUAUGAGACUGAUAACGAUAUGUAACGGGUCAAAGCGGACAAUUAUGCUUUUGUUCGAUAUACCGUAAAAAGUACAUUGAUUUUAAUAAUGAAGCAUCAACAUGUAGCAAUAAACAUAAAUGAAGUACAGACAGAAAGUAAGACAUUAAAGCCUGCAGGAUUUAGGUUGGGAUGUCGUUAUCGUGAUGAGAAAACAAACCUUACGUGUUUGACGAUGAUCGUGACGAGACUACGAAUGGUUUUAAAUUGUGUAAAUGGUUUAAAAUUGUUGGAUGGUUUGACGAUGAUCGAAUUUUGUACUAUUUCGACCGUUCUAUCGAUAACAUUCCAUGACUGCAGGAGUGCUGCUACCUUUGCCUUGGACCAUCAGAAUGAAAAUUGCCUAUGGUGCAGCAAAAGGACUGGCAUUUCUACACGAAGCUGAAAAGCCCGUCAUCUAUCGUGAUUUUAAGACGUCGAACAUUCUGCUCGAUUCGGACUAUAAUCCAAAGCUUUCGGACUUCGGUCUCGCGAAAGAUGGACCGGUUGGUGACAAAUCCCACGUCUCGACUCGUAUAAUGGGAACAUAUGGAUACGCUGCACCAGAGUAUAUAUUGACAGGACAUCUAACCCCUCGAAGCGACGUUUAUAGCUUUGGAGUUGUUCUUCUCGAACUACUCUCGGGAAGGAAGUCUCUGGACAAACUUCGGCCAGCUCGAGAGCAAAACCUUACCGAUUGGGCUCUUCCUCUCAUGAAACAGAAGAAGAAGCUGAUGAACAUCGUCGAUCCGAGGCUCGGAGGAGAAUAUCCAGUCAAAGGAUUUCACAAAGCAGCAAUGCUGGCUUACCAUUGCCUGAACAAGAACCCGAAAGCAAGGCCGCUGAUGCGAGACAUCGUCGACUCGUUGGAGCCGUUACUCGAACCAAGUGAUGAGGUUGUUGUAGCGUCCUCCUUGCCUGCUGGGGAUAGGACUGGGAGAAUGGAAAAUUCAGUCUGA